AUGGAGGAGGACAACAAAUACCCGUCCAAACUGUCGCCCACUGUGGACUACUGGGCAGGCAUGUACCUAGUGGUGAUAGCCAACAAGUUCCAGCGUCGGACCAUCACCAUGGUGAUCAGUUUGAUCUGGCUGUUCUGGGCUGUGUUCCCUCUCCUGGGUUGGGGCGGCCAUGGACCGGAGCCCUUCGGAGUGGCCUGCUCCGUGGACUGAGCCAGCUACCAAGACUCCCUGAACCACUCUACCUUCAUCAUGUCUCUGUCUAUCCUCUGUACCUUCAGCCCCUGCCACGUCAUCCUCUUCUCCUAUUCCGGCAUAGCCUGGAAACUCCACAAGGCCUACCAGUCCAUCCAGAGCGGCGACUUCAACUACGGACACAUCGAGAGGAAGGUCACUCUGGUGAAUGGGGGUGUGUUGAUCAGUUUAGGGUUCAUCGUGGCCUGGUCUCCCUACGUGGUGCUCAGCUUUUGGUAUAUGUUCCAGGGGGAGGCCAGCCUGGCCCCGCUGGUCUCCCUGCUGCCCUGCUUGUUCGCUAAGGGCUCCACGGCCUACAACCCUUUUAUCUACUACAUCUUCAGACGCUCCUUUAGACGCCAGCUCCACCAGCACCGGGGGCUGAUCUGCUGCUCUGCCCAGCCAGACACACCUUCGUUUGGGGAGACGGAAGCAGACAGACUUUGA